GGCCUCCGGACUCCCCGCGCCGCUGGGACCGCCGCUUGGAUCGGGAGCCCCGGACUGCCGCAUUGCAACAGGCAGGGCCCCGGCGCGCCCCCCGGGCCUCCCCCCGCCUUCGAGCGGCCUCGGCCGGCCCGGGCCGCCCCCCCAAGGGAGGCCGCCCCGGACCUGCGGUCCGCUCCCCACAGCCGCCAACCGGGCUUCAAAAAAAAAAGUUUCCAAGAGACAGGCGGAGGAGAAGGGGGAGAAGGGCUGCCCGGAGCGGCGGGGGGCGGCGGGGGGAGCCGGCUGCGGAGGGCGACGGAGCGCCCGGAGCCCCGGACAUGUCCAGGCGGAAGCAGGCGAAGCCGCGCUCGGUGAAAGGAAAACUUCCUGGAGAAGGAUGGAUUUUACCCUGUAAAAGAAGAAAGACAUGGAUGCAUAAGAAGAGGGUUGAAGAGGGGGAGGCCUCAGACUUCUCGCUGGCCUGGGAUUCCUCCGUGACAGCAGCAGGAGGCCUAGAAGGAGAGCCAGAGUGCGAUCAGAAAACCAGCCGUGCGCUGGAAGACAGGAACAGCGUGACAAGUCAAGAGGAGAGAAAUGAGGAUGAUGAAGACAUGGAGGAUGAAUCAAUUUACACCUGCGAUCACUGUCAGCAGGACUUCGAGUCUCUGGCAGACCUGACGGACCACCGGGCCCACCGCUGUCCUGGAGAUGGUGAUGACGACCCACAACUCUCCUGGGUGGCCUCGUCUCCCUCCAGCAAGGAUGUUGCAUCACCCACGCAGAUGAUCGGAGAUGGUUGUGACCUCGGCCUCGGCGAGGAGGAAGGGGGCACGGGCCUGCCAUACCCUUGCCAGUUCUGCGACAAGUCCUUCAUCCGCUUGAGCUACUUGAAGAGGCACGAGCAGAUCCACAGCGACAAGCUGCCGUUCAAGUGCACCUACUGCAGCCGCCUCUUCAAGCACAAGAGGAGCCGCGACCGGCACAUCAAGCUGCAUACAGGCGACAAGAAGUAUCACUGCCACGAGUGCGAGGCAGCCUUCUCCCGCAGCGACCACCUCAAGAUCCACCUGAAGACCCACAGCUCCAGCAAGCCCUUCAAGUGCACUGUGUGCAAGCGCGGCUUCUCCUCCACCAGCUCGCUGCAGAGCCACAUGCAGGCCCACAAAAAGAACAAGGAGCAUCUGGCCAAGUCGGAGAAGGAAGCCAAGAAGGACGACUUCAUGUGCGACUACUGCGAGGACACCUUCAGCCAGACGGAGGAGCUGGAGAAGCACGUGCUCACCCGCCACCCGCAGCUGUCCGAGAAGGCGGACCUGCAGUGCAUCCACUGCCCUGAGGUCUUCGUCGACGAGAACACACUGCUCGCCCAUAUCCACCAAGCCCACGCCAACCAGAAACACAAGUGCCCCAUGUGCCCUGAGCAGUUCUCCUCAGUGGAAGGUGUCUACUGCCACCUGGACAGCCACCGGCAGCCCGACUCCAGCAACCACAGUGUCAGUCCCGACCCUGUACUGGGCAGCGUGGCCUCCAUGAGCAGCGCCACACCCGACUCCAGCGCCUCUGUGGAGCGCGGCUCCACCCCGGACUCCACCUUGAAGCCGCUGCGGGGGCAGAAGAAGAUGCGGGAUGACGGGCAGGGCUGGACCAAGGUGGUCUAUAGCUGCCCCUAUUGUUCCAAGAGGGACUUUAACAGCCUGGCCGUGCUGGAGAUCCACCUGAAGACCAUCCACGCAGACAAGCCCCAGCAGAGCCACACGUGUCAGAUCUGCCUGGACUCCAUGCCCACCCUCUACAACCUCAACGAGCACGUUCGCAAGCUGCACAAGAACCAUGCCUACCCUGUGAUGCAGUUUGGCAACAUCUCUGCCUUCCACUGCAACUACUGCCCCGAGAUGUUCGCCGACAUCAAUAGCCUGCAGGAGCACAUCCGCGUCUCCCACUGCGGCCCCAACGCCAACCCCUCUGACGGUAAUAAUGCCUUCUUCUGCAACCAGUGCUCCAUGGGUUUCCUUACUGAGUCCUCCCUCACCGAGCACAUCCAGCAGGCCCACUGCAGUGUGGGCAGUGCCAAACUAGAGUCUCCGGUGGUGCAGCCCACGCAGUCCUUCAUGGAGGUCUAUUCCUGCCCCUACUGCACCAACUCCCCCAUCUUUGGCUCCAUCCUGAAACUCACCAAGCACAUCAAGGAGAACCACAAGAACAUUCCACUGGCCCACAGCAAGAAGUCCAAGGCUGAGCAGAGCCCAGUCUCGUCCGACGUGGAGGUGUCUUCCCCGAAGCGGCAGCGGCUCUCAGCAAGCGCCAACUCUAUCUCCAAUGGGGAGUAUCCUUGCAAUCAAUGCGACCUCAAGUUCUCCAACUUUGAGAGCUUCCAGACCCACCUGAAGCUGCACCUGGAGCUGCUCCUGCGGAAGCAGGCGUGCCCCCAGUGCAAAGAGGACUUUGACUCCCAGGAGUCCCUCCUGCAGCACCUGACAGUGCAUUACAUGACCACGUCGACCCACUAUGUGUGCGAGAGCUGCGACAAGCAAUUUUCCUCGGUGGAUGACCUGCAGAAGCACCUGCUGGACAUGCACACCUUUGUGUUGUACCACUGCACCCUGUGUCAGGAGGUCUUUGACUCCAAGGUGUCCAUCCAGGUGCACCUGGCAGUGAAGCACAGCAAUGAGAAGAAGAUGUACCGCUGCACGGCCUGCAACUGGGACUUCCGCAAGGAGGCUGACCUGCAGGUGCACGUCAAACACAGCCACUUGGGCAACCCGGCCAAGGCUCACAAGUGCAUCUUCUGUGGGGAGACCUUUAGCACCGAGGUGGAGCUGCAGUGCCACAUCACCACACACAGCAAGAAGUAUAACUGUAAGUUCUGCAGCAAGGCCUUCCACGCCAUCAUCCUGCUGGAGAAGCACCUGCGGGAGAAGCACUGUGUGUUUGAUGCUGCGACCGAGAAUGGCACGGCCAAUGGGGUACCCCCAACGGCCACCAAGAAAGCUGAGCCUGCUGACCUGCAGGGCAUUCUGCUUAAGAACCCUGAGGCACCUAACAGCCAUGAGGCCAGCGAGGAUGACGUGGACGCGUCGGAGCCCAUGUACGGCUGUGACAUCUGUGGGGCGGCCUACACCAUGGAGGUGCUGCUGCAGAAUCACCGGCUGCGGGACCACAAUAUCCGACCAGGCGAGGAUGAUGGCUCACGCAAGAAGGCUGAGUUUAUCAAGGGCAGUCACAAGUGCAACGUUUGUUCACGGACUUUCUUCUCGGAGAACGGGCUACGGGAGCACCUGCAGACGCACCGGGGCCCUGCCAAGCACUACAUGUGUCCCAUCUGUGGUGAGCGCUUCCCUUCGCUGCUGACGCUCACCGAACACAAGGUGACCCACAGCAAGAGCCUGGACACGGGCACCUGUCGCAUCUGCAAGAUGCCCCUGCAGAGCGAGGAGGAGUUUAUUGAGCACUGCCAGAUGCACCCUGACCUGCGCAACUCACUCACGGGCUUCCGCUGUGUGGUCUGCAUGCAGACAGUCACUUCCACGCUUGAGCUCAAGAUCCACGGCACCUUCCACAUGCAGAAGCUGGCGGGCAGCUCAGCGGCGUCCUCCCCCAAUGGCCAGGGGCUGCAGAAGCUCUACAAGUGCGCCCUGUGCCUCAAGGAGUUCCGCAGCAAGCAGGACCUGGUGAAGCUUGACGUCAACGGGCUGCCCUACGGCCUCUGCGCCGGCUGCAUGGCCCGCAGCGCCAACGGACAGGUGGGUGGCCUGGCCCCGCCCGAGCCCGCCGACCGGCCCUGUGCCGGCCUCCGCUGCCCGGAGUGCAGUGUCAAGUUUGAGAGUGCCGAAGACCUGGAGAGCCACAUGCAGGUGGACCACCAUGACCUCACGCCGGAGACCAGUGGGCCCCGGAAAGGCACCCAGACGUCACCAGUGCCCCGGAAAAAGACAUACCAGUGCAUCAAGUGCCAGAUGACCUUCGAGAACGAGAGAGAGAUCCAAAUCCACGUUGCCAACCACAUGAUUGAGGAAGGCAUCAACCACGAGUGUAAGCUGUGCAACCAGAUGUUCGACUCCCCGGCCAAGCUCCUCUGUCACCUCAUUGAGCACAGCUUCGAGGGCAUGGGCGGCACCUUCAAAUGCCCCGUGUGUUUCACAGUCUUCGUCCAGGCCAACAAGUUGCAGCAGCACAUCUUUGCCGUGCACGGGCAGGAGGACAAGAUCUACGACUGCUCACAGUGCCCUCAGAAGUUCUUCUUCCAGACCGAGCUGCAGAACCACACGAUGAGCCAGCACGCACAGUGAGGGAUCGCUCAACAGGACACCUCUCCGCAGAAGGCUUGCCGGAGACGCCGUGGGGAGGGCCAUUUGAACAUUACAUCCAAUCAAAGUGUCAUUUGCAACCCAGAUGUAAAACUCUAAUGAUUUGGCCAUGAGGCGCUGCUAUUAUAAGCAGCUGGAAAUGAAUAUUAAUGGCAGAGAUUAAAAGUAUUCCAUGCUCA